AUGGAUAGAAGUCAUGAUAUUGAAGAAGCUAACGUAGCCGCACUCUAUGAAGCCUCACAUGCAGGUUGUGAAAGCACUUUGAACUCGUUGAUGCAAAGGGACGCACUCAUUCUUAACAAAAUUUCAUUGACGUCCUUCCCCGAUACGCCCUUACAUAUAGCAGUUCUGCAUGGUCACCUAGAAUUCACUGCGGCUUUACUCAGGAGGAAACCUAAUCUCACGGGCCGGAAGGACUUGCGGGGUCGAACUGCCCUUCACUUGGCUUCUGCGGAGGGUCACGCCGAGAUUGUGAGAGAAUUGCUGCAAGCAAAUACAGAUGUUUGCCUGUCUCGUGAUGAAGAUGGGAGAAUUCCUCUCCACUUAGCUGUGAUGAGAGGACACAUAGAGGUAAUAAAAAAGUUAUUAAUUCCAAAACCGAACUCGUUCUUGGAGGAUCUCGAUGGAGCCAGUGUUUUGCACUUGUGUGUUAAAUAUAACUGUUUGGAUGCCCUGAAAUAUUUGCUAGUGGAAUCUGCCGAUGACGAUGGAUAUUCCCUCAACUCCAAAGACAAUGAUGGUAACUCCAUAUUGCAUUUAGCUGUGAUGUACGGGCAAACGGAGACAAUAAAAUACUUACUUUCAUCAUCUAAAAUCAAAGGAGAGGCCAAUGCUAUAAACAGGAUUGGAAACACCGCCUUGGAUGUCUUAGAGUUAGGCCAUAGAGAUUUUAAAUAUCUCAAAAUCCAAGACAUGCUAAUGGCAGCUGGUGUUCGAAGAUCCAAGGAUCUAAAUUCUCCUGGUCUACUACCAACAACACAGCGUCAUGAACGUGCAGCACAGUACAUUAAUAAUGAAGGACAUGAGCCAGCGACAGCUGCUCAAUCAUGGUUUAAGAAAUGGUGGGCAUACUUUUGUUUGUGCGGAUGGGUUAAGCAUUUUAAGCGUCAGGGUCGAUCAAACUGGGUCGUCGAAACACGUGGCACAUUGAUGUUGGUGGCCACUGUAAUUGCAACCGUUACUUUCCAAGCUGGGAUCAACCCUCCAGGUGGUGUUUGGCAACAAGGUUGUCAAGAUGCAAAAUAUGGAAAUUAUACGCAUUGUACGGGCAAGGCAAUUUUCUCUGAUAUCAACCCAAAUGUUUACCAAUUCUUUUUGUCUUUCAACACCACCUCCCUUGUUGCAGCUCUGAGCGUCGUACUUCUGAUCACCCUUGGAAUUCCUAAGAGAAGCAAACUUUUUAUAUGGCUUUUGACAUUAGCCAUGCUUAUUGCAGUCACGUUCAUGCUAUACACCUAUUUUUUGGCUGCGUAUUUGGUGACCUCGGAAGCUGUUACACAAAAAAUCAUGAUCAACCGGAUAUACCUUUUAUCAUUAAUGGGAAUUUUGUUGGUAGUGCUUGUGAUUGCUGGUGUGGUUCUCAUAUAUCGCCUUUUAGCUUGGAUGGUGAAGUUGUUACUCAAGUGCAUGCGCUGUUUGACAAUGAGUCCAACAAAUUAA